AUAUAUCUCUAGCUCUAUCUAUGAUCGACACAUGCGCAGGUUCGGUCUUGGAAAUACUCGUUUCUCUAGAUAGAUUAGUUGAAACUUGAAAGUUCUACUGCUUAGAUUUACCAAUCUCAAAGAUCUAAAAUGAAUAUAAGAUGUGCGAAGCCAGAAGACUUGAUAAACAUGCAGCACUGCAACCUGCUCUGUCUGCCUGAGAACUAUCAGAUGAAAUAUUACUUCUACCACGGGUUGUCCUGGCCACAGCUCUCGUAUGUAGCCGAAGAUGAAGACGGCAAGAUUGUUGGAUAUGUACUGGCUAAAAUGGAAGAGGAUCCUGAUGAAGUUCCCCAUGGUCAUAUCACAUCACUGGCGGUCAAGAGGUCUCAUCGUAGACUUGGUCUAGCCCAGAAGCUUAUGAACCAGGCAUCGUUGGCAAUGACCGAAUGCUUCAAUGCAAAAUAUGUGUCAUUGCAUGUGAGGAAAAGCAACCGUGCUGCGCUUCACUUGUAUCAGAAUACACUCAAAUUCACGACCAAUGACAUAGAACCCAAAUACUAUGCAGACGGUGAGGAUGCCUAUGCUAUGAAGAGAGAUUUAACAACCUUCGGAAACAAGAAGACAAGCGUUGAAGAGGUUGGGAAGGUCCUGGAGAAGAUGACGGUGGAGGAGAGCGGAGAGCAGGAGGACGGAGCCACUCAAGGAGCAUCAGGGGAUGGUAGUACUCCCUCCCCUCCCUCAGGGGGCAUAGAGAGGCUCCAGCCAGGUACGGAGAAACAGAAAGAAGGCGAUAAGAAGCCAUCCCAACCAGGGAAAGGAGGCAAAGAGGAAGGGGGCGGUGCGACGGGUAAAGGAAGCGGGGAACAUCCGCCCAAAUCGGGGAGAGAGUCUAAGAAGAGAAGAAAGAAGGCUGCAAGUGAGGCGGCUGCUAAGGCUGAAGAAAAGUCGUGAGACAGGAAAGUGUCAAAUUUCUUUAGAUAGAGUAGUAUUCUGGGAGUUUUGUUAUGAGUAUUUAUAAUGGCCUGGGUUGUUUUGUUGAUCUUCACACAUACAAUAUACAAAAUUGUGAUUGGAAAAGUCAAUUGCUAAUGAAAUGAAAUGGUUUGUUAUGAUUCAAGACCAAGAAUGGGCUAUUUUUGGAAGUUGAAAACAUAUAUGCAGGUACUCUAGCAAAUACAGUUCCAUGUUUCAUUUCAUAACAUCGAGGACAGUAAAGCAAAUAUUUUAAGUCAUGAAAUAAGUUACAUUUGACAAGAAUUAACUCGAUGGCGGCGACAUCAACAACAUUGAGAUCUUUACCUAAGGUUAAGUUUUUGAAAUGUCAUAACUUUGAAAGUUUGUAGAUCUAGGUCAUGAAACUUGACACAAGGGUAUUCAAGUAUCACUGAAUAUCCUGCGCAAGUUUCAGGUCACAUGACCAAGGUCAAAGGUCAUUUAGAGUCAGAUUGUGUUGGGGGAAUUCAAACAAAAUCUUAACUGAGGUUAAUAUUUUUGAUAUGUCAAAAGUUUGAAAGUACAUGGAUAUAGCUCAUGGUAAUCAAGUAUCAGUGAAUAUCCUGAAUGAGUUUUAUUUAAGGUCUAUGUAUCCAUUCAACACGAACAAAUCUAUUAAUAUCUUUGAUAAAUUGCAAAUUUGUAUCUGUGGGCUACUUCUAUUCAAAUAUUUGAAGGGCAAAUAAAUGUAUAUUAUAUAUCGAUAUAA